AUGCCGCUUGCUAUCGCUUCACAGACCGACGAUGCCGCUCUCAAGCGACGUAUGGCCCUUGCCGGCUCGUCUGGGCCACUGGCUGCCUUUCAAAACCUACGGGUCGUCGGUAUUGCCAUGUUUGCUUGUCUAGGUGGAUUGCUAUAUGGCUACAACCAGGGUGUUUUUAGCGGUGUCUUGACAAUGACCGCAUUCGGCAACCAUAUGGGCGCAUACACAACGGACUCUACUAAAAAGGGUUGGCUGACUUCAAUCUUGGAAUUGGGUGCUUGGUUCGGAACACUCUAUUCGGGAUUUUUGGCCGAGGUGCUUAGCCGGAAAUAUGCAAUUUUGAUCAAUACUGCUAUUUUCAUUCUGGGUGUUAUUAUUCAAUGCACAGCCGUGUCAUCUUCCGGUGCAAAUUCCAUUCUGGCUGGUCGUUUUAUUACUGGUAUGGGUGUUGGUUCGUUGUCGAUGAUUGUCCCUAUGUAUAAUGCUGAAUGUGCUCCUCCCGAAAUCCGUGGUUUACUGGUCAGUCUACAACAAUUUUCCAUCGAAUUCGGAAUCUUGAUUUCUUUCUGGAUCGACUACGGCACAAACUAUAUCGGUGGAACAGGCGACAGCCAAAGCGAUGCAGCCUGGCUAAUCCCUCUUUGCCUACAACUUGUUCCCGCCGUCAUUCUUUUUGCUGGUAUGAUUUUCAUGCCCUUUUCUCCUCGAUGGCUUGUGCAUCACGACCGCGAGGAUGAAGCCCAUCGUGUCAUCGCCAUGCUUCACGGAGGCAGUGGCACAUCAGCCGCGAUCGAUGAGGUUAUCGAGCUCGAAUUCCUAGAGAUCAAGGCUCAGUCUAUGUUCGAGAAGCGUUCUACCGCAGAAAAAUUCCCUCAUUUGCAGGAGCAGACGCCUUGGAAUACCUUCAAGCUUCAGUUUGUCGCUAUCGGCUCUUUGUUCAAGACCAUGCCUAUGUUUCGUCGUGUCAUCGUCGCUACCGUGACUAUGUUUUUCCAGCAAUGGACUGGCAUUAACGCCGUGUUGUACUACGCACCAAGUAUCUUCGGUGCCUUGGGAUUGUCUAACAACACGACUUCCUUGCUGGCGACUGGCGUUGUUGGUAUCGUCAUGUUCUUAACCACCAUCCCAAUGAUGGUUUACGUCGACCGAAUUGGUCGCAAACCCGUUCUCAUCGCCGGCGCCAUUGCAAUGGGCAUCAACCAUCUCAUCAUUGCCAUUAUUUUCGCCAUCGAGCAAGACCAAUGGCCAACCCACAAAGCCGCUGGUUGGGCUGCGAUCGUGAUGGUCUGGCUCUUUGCCGGAAAUUUCGGCUGGUCCUGGGGUCCAUGUGCAUGGAUCAUUGUCGCUGAGGUCUGGCCACUAAGUGCUCGUCCUUACGGAAUUGCCCUCGGUGCCAGUUCCAACUGGAUGAACAACUUUAUUGUUGGUCAGGUUACACCGGAUAUGAUUACUCAUAUGAGGUAUGGUACAUUCAUCUUCUUUGGAGUGAUGACUCUUGUGGGUGCAGCAUUCGUAUGGAUGUUUGUGCCAGAGACGAAGCAGCUCACCCUCGAGGAGAUGGAUGUCAUCUUUGGUAGUCAGGGUGUAGCCGCUUCGGAUAAGGAGAGGAUGGAGCAGAUUCGUCUAGAGUUGGGAUUAGUGGAUAGAGCUAGCGAGGAAUUGCAGACCGCAGAGGUCAGGGAGGAGGUCAAGGAAAGUGAGGUCAAGGCUGAGUAA